AUGUCAAAUUAAUAUCAAAUGAUGUCAUUUUAAUUUCUAUGUAUAAAAUGAUUUUUAAAUUGUAUUAUGUUUUUAAUUUAUGAAUGAGUGUGAUAUAACUUUGAAGAGAUUUCAAGUAACUUUAUAAACUUAGAGUUCUACUUCCUUGAUAAUGCAAAAUAUAUUAACCAAUGGAAAUAUGUCGCUUAGAUUUAAAUCGACCGAAUUACAUUGCUUUAAUUGGUUUUAUAAUAUCUCACCAUGUUUUCCUGUCAACAGUAGUAAAGUUAAUAUAAUUACGGAUCCUAGGAAGUUUUACGAUACAUUGUGUGAAAGAUUUAAGAAUGCCAGUCGUCGAAUUUCAGUUGCCAGUUUAUACAUUGGCACAGGACAUUUGGAAAGGAAUUUGCUCGAUGUUACACGGAAAAAUCUUAUGUCAAAUAAAACAUUACAAUUGGAUGUCUUAUUGGAUUACCAGCGAGGUACUCGCGGGGAAGUUAAUUCUCGUACUCUGGUGCAAGAAUUAGUGAAAGUGGCACAAGAUCAGUGUAAACUAUCUUUAUACCAAACUCCACGUCUUCAAGGUUCCUGGUCCAAACUUUUACCAGCUCGUUAUAACGAAAUUCUGGGUUUACAACAUAUGAAAUUAUAUAUUGCUGAUGAUUCAGUUUUGUUAAGUGGUGCUAAUUGUUCAAAUGAUUAUUUCCAAAAAAGACAAGAUCGCUACAUAGAAAUUGAAGAUGUUGAUCUUGCAAAUUUUUAUCGAGAACUCAUAGAUGAAGUAACAAAGUUUAGUAAACAAGAAUGUGGUGAAAAUGAGAAUCAAUAUUCUAAGGAAACAUUAACUAAGGAAGUUAAUAAGAAUAUUGUAGACUUAAUUGAGAAAUGGAGAAAGAAACAAACUACAAAAUUAGCUUCAACUGAUGCUACAAAAGACACUUGGGUGUUUCCUUUAAUACAAAUGGGAGAAUUUGACAUCACUCAAGAUGAAGAUGCAACUUGCAAAAUUCUCUCUUCCGCUCCCAAAGGAUCAUAUCUCCGAUUGGCUACUGGAUAUUUUAACUUAACUGAAAACUAUGCUAAUACUUUGUUAAAGAAUUGCAAGGCUAAUAUCAGUUUAUUAAUGGCACAUCCAAAUGCAAAUGGUUUUUUGGGUGCAGCAGGACCGGCGGGUGGUAUACCACAUGCAUAUUCAUUAAUAGCGCAAAAGUUUUGGCAAAGAGUUGUUGAUUCAAAUCAAGCAAGUCGCAUACAAAUGCUGGAGUACGAGAGACCGGAGUGGACUUUCCAUGCAAAAGGAUUGUGGUACUACCCGGCUGGCAGCGGGCGGCCGUGGGGGACGGUGAUCGGGUCUGCCAAUCUCGGCGAGCGCUCUGUCAGAAGGGACCUCGAGGCGCAAGCAGCGAUAUUUACCACCUCACCCCAGUUACAGGAGAAGCUCCACGCGGAGUGCGCGCGGCUGCACGCGCACGCGGCGGAGUGCGGCGCGGCGCUGCGGGCUCGCCGCACGCCGCUCUGGGUGCACGCCACCGUCGGAUUGUUUAGGACAUACUUCUAGCACAUUUAUUAGAAAUUAAUAAAAAAAACAACAAGAAAUUAUCCCACUUAGAAUACAGCAAUAUAGGUAUAAUUUAGCUUUAGAUAGAUAUCAAUGGGUAGGAAAUUAAUUUCCUAAACUAGCAUUGAAUUUGUUAAAGAACACAAGCUUUUGCAAUUAAACAUAUGGGCGUAUGUAAGAGGAAGGUCAUUUAAGUGGCAAUUUUUCUGACACCUCGAUUUGACCAAAAUUAAAUGUUAAAAUAUUACUAUUAGCGAUAUAGUACAAAAUUUGCUGUGAUUUUUUACUAAGUAAUUUGCUAAAGAGUUUCUAGAUUUCUGUACAUUACUUUUAUUAGCGAAGGAAUCUUUUAUUUGAUAUUCGUUUCAUUUAUUCAUGUAUUAAGUAAAUGUUUUGUUUUUAAAGUACACUCGAUUUAAUCCAAAAUUUUAUCAUGUCCAAAAAGUAGUAUACAAAAUGGUAAUUUACAGACU